AUGAGGACCACCGCCGUGUGCCUGGCCCUCGGUCUGGUGGUGGCCCUCGCGGCGGGAGGCGCCCGCGCGGAGCUAGGCAAAUGCGUCGUCGUUACAGACUUCGAUGGGGUGAUUAAAAUUGGAGAGAGCGAAUACUCCAAUGACAUCAAGACCAUUCUGCCUCUCAUCAAGGAGGCCAACGUAUCGUAUGGUCUGGCCACCGCGUCCUGCGAGACUGAGUGGAUCAAGGGGUACUUGAACGAGGUGAUCGAUAACACGACCUACACAGAAGAGUUCCUGGAAUCAACGGCUGCACAGUUCUGUGUGCAUGAGAAACACUGGCAGACGGACAAAAUCGUUGAGUACUUCGACGGCGACAAAUUCUGCACCAUCGUCUUCGAUGACAGCAUUGGCAACAGGGUGGGCAUCGUCGAAUCCGGAUACAAGUACCACCACGUCGACGCCACCAUCGGAAUCACCAUGCAGGACUGGCAGGACGGACUGACAGCUCUUCAGACGGAUCCGCCUUGCUAUUGCUGA